AUGCCGGGACGCAAACGGAAACUUGCAGCUAAGACAGCGGAGCUUGCUCCCGAGGCGGGGGAGGGCUCGGAGAGCACCUCGCUGGUUGGCAGUGCCGACGCUAGCGCCAGCACCGCUGCCGGUGUUGCACACACGGAGCAACAGGAGAUGCCUUCGGGCGGUUUGCACGAGUCGUUUUUGGAGAGCAUACCGCCAGCGGCAUCUUUUCUGGAGGAGCUUGCUUGGGUAGAGUCGCUUGCGUCGCCGUCUUAUGUGGCAUAUUUGUGCCAGAUGCGUCGAUUCGACGACGUCGUGGCGCAGAGACGACUCACAACUCUGCAGCGCUGGCGGCAGGACCCGGCGUACCGGCAGCACGUGUCCCAGCCGAUUGCGCUUUUUUUCUUGGAACAAUUGUGUUCUGCCGAGUUUCGCGAAGCCCUGCGACAUCCAGCUGUUGCGGCACUUUAUGAGCGUCAAGUGGACCUCUACAGGCGCUGUUAUGGAAAUCUUCUGAAUACUGGCGAGAGCCGCGUGCUGCGAUGA